UCCCCGGCAUGCUAAUGCCUUGUGAAUAUGAGUCUGUGUCUCUCCAUGUCUUCCUCCUGCAGUGAACAGUAACCCUCCUCUUGCAGUCAGUCUGACAGCAUGCCCAGCACCAGUGAGAGACUAGGGGAGUGAGUUUACAGUUCUGAACAUCUCUCUCCCUCCACAGCCUCGGUCCGGUGCUGGGGGUAUGUGAUGAACGGCAAAUGCUACAGAUUCUUCCAAAUGAAAAAGGAUUUCAGGGAAGCUGAGGUGUACUGCAGGAACUCUUUUGCUGGUGGCCACCUUGCCUCUGUGAACAGUGCCGCUCAGCAUGACCAGCUGGUCGGCUUGGUGAAGGCAGCCAACGGGGAACCCACCCUGACCUGGCUGGGAGCAUUCGCCUUCAUGGAGACUGGACAGUACAUAUGGACUGAUGGGUCCAAUUGGGGAUACAGCUGCUGGAUGCCCGGAGAGCCCAACCAUGACAAGAAGGGUGAUGACCAAUACUGCCUGCAAAUGUUCAUGAUGGACCUGAAGUGGUGGAGCCUUGCGGACUGCUCAGAGAAGAGGUCCUUCAUCUGUUCCUACCCGUACCCAGCCUGAUGAAUCACUAAGCCACGGGUGCAGCAGGAGGAUCAGCUGACUCCUACCCUGCAGCCUGCCAGAGAGACCUCCCCAUGCCAACUCCUUUGCUUUUCACACCUUUGAUGGGCAUCAGCUCUAGAUUAGCUGAUCUGCUGGAUGGUCCUUAUGCAAGUGACUGUUGAUUUAUCUGUAUUUCAGUACCUGUUCAUUAUGAUUGGGCUACAUCAGGAUCAUUUUUGUUUGGCGUUAAUAAUAAAACUCUCAAUGGCAGUUUUAUAAUUCACUGAUUCUGUUUCGAAUUUUCUUUGGUUUAUUCUGAUCUAUUAAAGUAAUAAAGAACAGCCAGUGAUGCCUGUUCACUACAAGACACCGCUGUGAAGCGUAAAUACGUUUUCAAAACUGCUGCUUGUCCCAAUCUUUCCA